CUGCCGCUGUGCUGCUGUCGAUUACAGAUUCCCUGCCCGCGGAAUAAAACAACGCGCUAUUUAGCGGUCCCGACGCUGGACGAAACAUGUGCUUGGUAACGUUUGGUGGAAAACGCCAAGAACUCUAAGAAAAUUGCGAAAUGAACGAGAGAAAUAACGGACCGCGUCAAUGCGACAGCAACGAAGGCAAAUACUAUGCAUAAAAUCGUGGAAAAUCUUUCAAAGGCCGAAGCAGUUUAACUUCCGAGGACACAACUAUUUCUACAGCGGGCAUGUACCGGCCCAUGCUAAUCAGAAGGUGGAUUGGUUAGACGCUAGAAAUGUUUGCAGGGAAUACUGCAUGGAUCUCAUUUCGAUGGAAACUCAAGAAGAAAACAAUAUGAUCUUUAGGCUCAUUCAGCAGAAUGAUAUUCCUUACAUCUGGACGUCUGGACGUCUCUGCGACUUCAAGGGCUGCGAGAACCGACGCGACCUCGAACCCAAGUCUUUGUUCGGUUGGUUCUGGUCGGCAAAUCGCGAGAAGAUGGCACCCACCAAUCAAGUGCCAAACGGUUGGGGUUUCAAUCCAUGGUCGCAGACUGGCCACAAGAAAGUGAGGCAGCCGGAUAAUGCCGAGUAUGACAUCAACGGUACCAACGAAUCCUGCUUGUCCGUCCUAAACAACGUUUACAACGAUGGCAUUGCCUGGCACGACGUCGCGUGUUACCAUGAGAAACCGUUCGUCUGCGAGGACUCUGAGGAGUUGCUCAACUACGUGGCCAGCACCAACCGCGGGAUUCGCCUUUAAAGCGAUCGCGGUCAGCCGACACCUACGUGGUGAUCACGCGAUCGUCCAUCAGCGUCAUAUCAGCACUCACUUUUCUUCUGUACUUCCCGUCGCGAAACCGACGAGACACGUGCCAAAUAUAGGGACGCGGACGAUUCUUCUCGGAUAAUCAUAGAGAAUUCUUUAUAUGUGUUAGACCAUAACAAAAAAACAUUUCAUGAUGUUUCUGUAAACAACGUCUAAAAUUUAAGAAUGAGAUAUCUUAUUAUAAUUAUAUUUUACAGUAAAAUACAAUUUUAGUUUUUGACUAAUUGUAAGUGUUACUCGAAACAAAAGCUCAUUAGAAUUUUGUAAUCUAUUCUUAUGGGUUUUCUUUUAUUAAAAUUUAUACAUCUCACUGCCAAUUUUUGUAUGAUUUAUAUUGAA